GGCUGCAGUGUGUCAGACUCCGUGUGUCUGGAGGGGGCAGCAGGGGUGAAAGUUCACCAGCAUGGCUCUCACGUAUCAGGUGACAAUGGGGGAAAGUUGGACACCACACGCGGCUUGAAACCAAGCCCAAAACAAGGCGAAGGGAGAAGAAGUAGAAGCAUGUCGGGUGAGAUGGUUUCGGCAGCGCUGAGCGGGGAGGAGGAGGAGGACGCAACCCUGGGAUAUUACGACGACGAAGACGACCUGGAGGCGUUUUCAGACGCAGAGCUUGGCUGUGAGGACGGAGUGUUGGGCUUCAGCGAUUCUCUGAACGGAGAGGUCAAACCUCGUAUACUGUUGAUGGGCCUGAGGAGGAGCGGGAAGUCCUCCAUCCAGAAGGUGGUUUUCCAUAAAAUGUCGCCCAAUGAGACCCUGUUCCUGGAGAGCACCAAUAAGAUCUGCAGAGAGGACGUCUCCAGCAGCUCCUUCGUCAGCUUCCAGAUCUGGGACUUCCCCGGCCAGAUCGACUUCUUCGACCCCACCUUUGACUAUGAAAUGAUCUUCAGAGGCACCGGGGCGCUAAUCUUUGUCAUCGACUCACAGGAUGACUAUGUGGAGGCUCUGAGUAGACUGCACCUCACAGUGACCCGGGCCUACAAAGUCAACCCAGAAAUCAACUUCGAGGUGUUCAUUCACAAAGUGGACGGCCUGUCAGAUGACCAUAAGAUCGAGAAGCAGAGGGACAUUCACAAACGAGCCAACGAUGACCUGGCAGACGCAGGCCUGGAAAGAAUACACCUGAGCUUCUAUUUAACCAGUAUAUAUGAUCACUCCAUAUUCGAAGCUUUCAGUAAAGUGGUCCAGAAGCUUAUUCCACAGCUCCCCACACUGGAAAACCUGCUCAACAUCUUCAUAUCUAACUCCGGCGUUGAGAAGGCCUUCCUGUUCGAUGUGGUCAGUAAGAUCUACAUCGCCACAGACAGCAGUCCGGUGGAUAUGCAGACAUAUGAACUGUGUUGUGACAUGAUCGAUGUGGUCAUUGACAUCUCCUGCAUCUAUGGCCUGACGGACAGUGAAGCUGGUUUACCCUAUGACGAGGAGUCUAUGGCCAUCAUCCACCUGAACAACACCACAGUCAUGUACCUGAAGGAGGUCACCAAGUUCCUCGCCAUGGUCUGCUUCCUCCGCAAGGAAAGCUUUGAGAGAAAAGGACUGAUUGACUACAAUUUCCACUGCUUCAAGCAAGCCAUCCAGGAGGUUUUUGAUGUCCGAGUAAAGGUUCAACAGAAUCGUAAACUUCUCAGUCAGAGGAGGCGGAGCAAACUGACUAUGACCAAUGGAGAGUUCGGCAACGCCCACUGAGGACUGAUGAUGUCACAUCAGACAGCCAAAUGUGCCUGAGCUGCACCCCGACAAAUCCAUGAGAUUCCAUCCUCAUUCAGAGGGGCACAUCAGAUUUUUUUUUAUCUUGCUGGGAGUUGUUCAGUUUGUUCAAUCCACACCGACUCCGACCGCCAUCGUCUCUGUUAACACAUUCUCACUCCCAUUGCGUCAAAAAGCCACGCUCGGUCAGGUGCCUUUGGCGUUUGGCAUUGACGCAGAAAGUCUCCUUUAGCGUCAUAUUUAGACGCACUUAGUUGGGACUCUUGGCGUCAUUAUUUGACGCUCUCGGGACUCGCGUCUAGCCCCUUUGGUGUCAUAUUUAGAAGCGAUUGGUCGGUACUCUGGUGUCACUAUUUGACACUCUGGAUCAGGACAUAUGUUGAACUGACAUGCGGCACAAGAACGGGACAGUUAGGUUUAGUAAAAUAUCGUGGGUGGGGUUACAAAAUGUAUGUUUCAGGGACAUAGGGAACCAGAACGGGACACAAACCCCAGUCUCCUGGGCGAAAGUCUUGUCGUUUGACACCUCUACCACUCCAACCUGCCUCGUUAUGCGGAUUUUCGGCCUUUCAUACUACUCGCUAACAUUGUCGAGCUGCUGCUCUGCCCGGUGCGUCCCAUACAGAAGCUAAAGGGUGAUUUUCGCGCUGGUAUCUGGCGCUGAGAGCCACUGACCAAGCGUCCGUAUUUUACCACUUGGGAGUGAGAACAGGUCCUCUCUGUACUCAGAAGCAGUUUGUCUGUCAGCAGCAGAGACGACAAACUGACGUCCGCCAGGCUGACUAGAUUUACCGGCCCAAACCUUUUUUUGAAUAGGCCCCAUAUGAAGUAUACUGUACAGGAAGGUUCAUUGGGCCUAAUUCACUAAUAUAUUCCUAAGUUUUUUUUUCUCAAAAAUGUUCUUAAAAAAGGUCCUAAAACAAGUCUGUCCCUGUAGUGACGUGUGCCUCAGAGUCAGUCUGGGACAAUCCUGUUUGUGCCCCUCCCACUUCCGAAAUCUUAAAUAUUUUUUUUACCACAAAAAUCGCUGGUAUAAAAACGAUUACCCUUGCUGUUUAGCCAGCCGUCAGAUACUGGCUAAGAAUGUGAAGUGAGCUGCUGAUGUUGCUCUGAUAUACUCAGUGGUGGAAUGUAACUAAGUACAUUUACUCAAGUACUGUACUGAAGUACAAAUUUCGAGGCACUUGUACUUUACUUGAGUCUUUUGUUUUAACGCCACUUUCUACUUCUACAUUUCAGAGAGAAAUAUUGUACUUUUUACUGCACUAAAUUAUUCUGGCAUUUCUAGAUACUAGUUACUUUACAAAUUAGUAUUUUUGCACACAAAACACAUGUAGUUUAUAAAAUAUGAUGUUUAUUAUAAGUGAAACUACCCAAAAAUAUACAGGUGAUUAAACACAGAACAGUUUUAACUGUUUCCUGUUUCUAAAAUGUCAGGAUUUUUCUGCAUUGAGUACUCUAACUUUAAUACUAUAAGUACAUUUUCCUGAUGAUACUUACAUACUUUUAC